GUCACAGUGCCACGCCCACUCGCCUGGAUCCUGGAGGAAACUCGGCGCUUAUUCAUUGAAUAAAAACCUGUUUGUUGUUGGAGUAAAUUGGUCGGAGAUCCGGGUGUGUCCCGGGUGCAGCAAGUGUUCUGUUCAAGUUACAGAGAUACAACUCAUAGACAUUUCUUUUCUCUAAAGUCUGACCAGGUCUACAAGUUCCACCACAUUAGGGCUGCUAGCCUGUGUGACAUUACACUGAGCCGGUGCGGUUAUACCUGUCGGACCUGAUGCUGCUGUGCAUCACGACUCAUUCAGACUACAUUUGACCGCUACAUUCUUUUGCCCAUUCUUUACCCAUUCAUAAUGAAAGCUCUGAUUCUUGUCGGAGGCUACGGCACGAGGUUACGGCCUCUCACGCUCAGCGUGCCCAAGCCUCUGGUGGAGUUCUGCAACAAACCCAUCCUGCUUCAUCAAGUGGAAGCAUUGGUCAAGGCCGGGGUGCGGCAUGUCAUUCUGGCCGUCAGCUACAUGUCAGACCUUCUGGAGAGAGAGAUGAAAGCGCAGGAACAGAGACUUGGAAUUAAAAUCUCUCUUUCACAUGAAAAGGAGCCGCUGGGGACAGCUGGUCCUCUCGCUCUGGCUCGCGAGCUGCUGACAGACAGUGACGAGCCUUUUUUUGUGCUCAACAGCGAUGUGAUCUGUGACUUCCCUUUCGAGGACAUGCUGAAGUUCCACAAGAGCCACGGGAACGAAGGCACCAUUGUCGUAACUAAAGUGGAGGAGCCGUCGAAGUACGGUGUAGUGGUGUACGAGGGAGAGACCGGCCGCAUUCACCGGUUCGUCGAGAAGCCACAGGUCUUCGUCUCCAACAAGAUCAACGCCGGAAUGUACAUCUUCAGCCCGAGCAUGCUGAGGAGAAUACAGUUGCGACCCACCUCUAUUGAGAAGGAGAUUUUCCCAGUUAUGGCUGAGGAGGGACAGCUUUAUGCUAUGGAGCUUCAAGGCUUCUGGAUGGACAUCGGUCAGCCUAAAGACUUCCUGACCGGCAUGUGCAUGUACCUCCAGUCUGUCAGACAGAACGCUCCUGAGAGGCUGCACACAGGACCCGGCUUUCUCGGCAACGUGUUAGUGGACCCAACAGCGGUGAUCGGGGAGAACUGUACAAUCGGGCCGAACGUGACCAUUGGCGCUGGGGUGGUGCUGGAGGACGGCGUGAGGAUCAAACGCUGCACCGUGCUGAAGGGAGCUCACAUCCGUUCACACUCUUGGCUCGAGUCAUCCAUCGUGGGCUGGAGCUCUUCCGUAGGACAGUGGGUGCGGAUGGAGAAUGUGUCCGUUCUGGGUGAGGAUGUGAUCGUCAGCGACGAGCUUUACAUCAAUGGCGCGAACGUUCUGCCCCACAAGUCGAUCACAGACUCUGUGCCUGAGCCCCGCAUCAUCAUGUAGAAAUCGCAUACAUGUACAUUUUUGUACUUCUUGAGAGUGUAUCAGGGGAGCGCUAGCCGUAUGGGGCGUCGUGGAAUUUUAGCAUGGACAAAAAAAACAAAACAAAAAAAAACACAGGAGGGUAAUAAUAAAUAUCAUGUAAGUAUUGUAAAGGAGAGGCGGCGAUGUCCGUGUAUUUAAUGAAAGUUACUCUAGAGUUCCUAAAGAAACAGCCCUGUGUAUAUGAUAUGAUCAAGUGAAGGAUGGAUCAAAUGUCACAUUGCCUUAAAAAUGGGAAAACUGGCGUCCCUUAUGCAACUUCA